UAGAGGAUCCCAGCCUGCCCGGCGAGCGGAUUUGCCCCGGGCUGCCGGGGCGAGUUGGGAGGCGGCAUCACGUGAGGCGGCCCGGACCACGUGACCCGGCGGCCCGGCCCCGGCCCACUUGCCAGCUCCGCCCUUUCGCCCGCCACUCUCUGGGGAGUCUUGGGCCCGCGACGCUUGCGAGGUCUUCACGGCGCUCCCGGCUGCUGGGCCUGCAUGGACUGCGCGCGGCCGCGGCUGGCCUCCCAGGAAAAGGCACAGGUUUGAAGGUAGAGGAAGGAUUGGACACGUUGCUGGGGCAAGUGAGCGAUCUAUUUAACCAAAACAGAGAUGUCGGCUUAUUUUUAGGAAUUACUGGAAACCAGAGUCAUGGUGGAUGUAGGAAAGUGGCCAGUCUUCACUCUGCUCUCACCUCAAGAAAUUGCAUCUAUUCGGAAAGCUUGUGUCUUCGGCACCUCAGCCAACGAAGCACUGUAUGUUACUGACAAUGACGAGGUCUUUGUAUUUGGACUGAACUACAGUAACUGUCUAGGAACCGGAGAUAACCAGAGUACACUUGUACCCAAAAAGUUGGAAGCCUUAUGUGGAAAGAAGAUUAAGAGCCUUAGUUAUGGGAGUGGACCACAUGUUCUUCUCAGCACCGAAGAUGGAGUUGUUUAUGCCUGGGGCCACAACGGAUAUAGCCAGCUUGGGAAUGGGACCACCAACCAAGGCAUUGCUCCCAUCCAAGUCUGCACCAACCUCUUGAUCAAGCAAGUGGUUGAAGUAGCUUGUGGCUCACAUCAUUCAAUGGCUCUGGCAGCUGAUGGAGAGGUGUUUGCUUGGGGCUAUAACAACUGUGGCCAGGUGGGAUCAGGGUCUACAGCAAAUCAACCAACUCCUCGCAAAGUUACAAACUGUUUACAUAUUAAGAGGGUGGUUGGCAUUGCCUGUGGUCAGACCUCGUCCAUGGCUGUUCUGGACAAUGGUGAGGUAUACGGCUGGGGCUACAACGGCAAUGGUCAGCUAGGCUUGGGAAACAACGGCAAUCAGCUGACCCCCGUGAGAGUGGCAGCUUUGCACAGCGUUUGUGUGAACCAGAUUGUCUGCGGCUAUGCACAUACUCUAGCACUAACUGAUGAGGGCUUGCUCUAUGCCUGGGGAGCUAACACGUAUGGGCAGCUGGGAACUGGCAAUAAAAAUAACCUGCUAAGCCCAGCACACGUCGUGGUGGAGAAAGAAAGGGUAAUAGAGAUUGCGGCCUGCCACUCUGCGCACACGUCUGCAGCCAAGACGCAGGGAGGGCACGUGUACAUGUGGGGCCAGUGCCGGGGCCAGUCGGUGACCCUGCCCCACCUCACCCACUUCUCCUCCACCGACGAUGUGUUCGCCUGCUUCGCCACGCCUGCCGUCACCUGGCGCCUCCUGUCUAUAGUCUUUCAAAGCUUGAACAUGUUUCCUGAGCUUCCUGUAUUAACGUGCUCGUUUCCUUCAGAGCAUGAAGACUUUUUAACAGUUGCAGAGUCACUGAAGAAAGAAUUUGACAGUCCGGAAACUGCCGAUCUGAAGUUUCGAAUUGAUGGGAAAUAUAUCCAUGUCCAUAAAGCUGUUUUGAAAAUCAGGUGUGAGCACUUUCGAUCCAUGUUCCAGUCUUAUUGGAAUGAGGACAUGAAGGAGGUGAUAGAAAUAGACCAGUUUUCCUACCCCGUGUACCGUGCCUUUCUCCAGUACCUCUACACAGAUACAGUGGAUCUGCCGCCUGAAGAUGCUAUAGGUCUUUUGGAUUUAGCGACGUCUUACUGUGAAAACAGACUGAAGAAACUUUGUCAGCACAUUAUCAAGCGAGGAAUCACUGUGGAGAAUGCCUUUUCAUUGUUCUCUGCCGCGGUCAGAUAUGAUGCAGAGGAUUUAGAAGAAUUCUGCUUUAAGUUUUGCAUCAAUCAUUUGACAGAAGUUACACAGACUGCAGCAUUUUGGCAAAUGGAUGGCCCUCUGCUAAAGGAAUUCAUUGCUAAAGCCAGUAAAUGUGGAGCCUUUAAGAACUGAAGCCCAAGACUGCUGGGUUUGGUGUGAGUGCUCUGGGGCUGGUGAUGGUGUGUCGUUUGUGCUUUAUGGGUGAUGUCAUUCUGCAGGUAAAAGAGCCCAUCAGGUUGUUUUGCUCACAUGGAGAUACAGUUCUCUGUGUAGGGAUACAGAAAGGGUGUACGGCUUUUCCUGAACCCAUUUUAAACAACCCUUAUUUCCAGAUGUGUAUAUUUUAAAUGUGACCUUAACGUUUGGCUGGGACAUUGUAAAAGGGUGAAAGUCUAGCUGGUUGGUUGUUUUUUGUUUGGUUUGGUUUUGAUUAGAGGAACUCCUGAAGUUGGAAAGGGCUUUGCGACAAGUCUCCUGGCUUGCAUACCAACACCCCUUUUGACGCCAACUGUGAGAUGUAGAGGCCCCGCUGGGAACGACAGAUGCUGACUUGGGGGCUUGUUGAAGGGCUGCAUUAGUUGCUAGUUCAGUAGCCUCACUGUGAAGGAAUAGUUAAGAUUGUCUGAGGCUUUUGUUUGUGUAUUUGCAUUAUUGAUGACUUUUUAAACUUCAAAAUAAUAUUCAAUUUAAUAUAAGCCUAUUGAAAUGAUAAUUAUGUGAAGAUGAAUUUCUAGGUUAGUCAGGGUUUCUCUUAAGACUUAAGUACAUAAAGAGUAGUAAUGUAGAACUAUCUGUGAAAACUUGAUAAUGAAAGAAACUUCAUUUGGGUGAAAGUGGAUAUUUUAUAACUCAGAGUCUCCACUACUAACAGCGUUUUAUUAAGGUUAAAUUUGAGAACCCAAAUUUAAAUCCCCCCACCUUUUCUCCUAUACAUGCUAAUCAUAUAAGAGGAAAAUAGUGAUAUAUUCAACGUACUCUUGCCUUCCUGAAUUGUGGUUGCUGAAUCAUCAGAUCUACAUCUGACUCAAAUAAGUGGUUCUUAAAACCAAGUUUCUUACAGGACUUAAUAGAAUUUGUUUUUAUCGAUUUUUAUCUAUGCCAAAUGCUGUCACCCAUUUUGCUUAUUUGAAAUGUCGCCAGCUUUCACAUUUGAUUUUCCUUUCCUUUUAAUUGUGUUAGGUAACUUUGAAAAAGGAUCUAAAUUUUGAGGGCGUUUUUUAGGUCUGGCUGUGAAAUGUGACUUUGGGAAGUAAGAGUGUUCAGCUCUGAGUUUUAUCCUGUGUGCCCGUUGAGCAUGCUUCAAGAACAAAGCUUUGUUCUACUCUCUGGCCCACGGGCUCAUUUCCAUUUGUGGGAGCUCCUUUAGUGAACUGUUUCAUGUUUGGAAGGUCCUCCAUCUGAAUUUAGAGACCAAAUCCAUUUUCAGACCCCAAUUAACAAGAGGGUGAAGAGAUGCUGCAGCUACUGUUUUUAGCAGUGUUUCUAAGUGUAUGUUGCGGGGGUGAGGUCCCAAAGAUGGAAAUGCAUGGAUAGGUGAAAUAAACACAAACCCGGAAGUCCCCGCCCCCUUUUCUUGACCAUGUUGCAAGUGAUUGAAGCCCAAUGAGUUAUUAGGUUAGAAUUAGUUCUGCAACAUAAUAGAAUUUUCUUACUAGGUUGAUAAAUGUACAUUAAUUUGAUUAUUAGCUAUGAUGGGUAGUGUUUCUAACAAUCACUGUCUAUAGGCUUAUGAUCUGGACAAAACAAGAACUUCAGUAAGUUUACUAUUGCUCUUACUUGAAAAAAAAACUUUAAAAAAGCACAAAUUAACAUAGAUCCAUUUCCAUAGAUAGUUCAUUCACUAAACAAAUAUUUACUGAGUUCCCAAUAGGUGAAGAACCACUUCUCAUGUUAGAUUACUGAGUAAUUUGUAUGAGUAUAUUUUCAGUGAAGAGAACAGAAAAAAGUCUUUCAGAAAGUACUUGAGUAUCUUGUGUUGUUUUUUUUUUAAAAUAUGCUCUCAUUUUUCUACUUGGUUUUGUUGUUAAUCAUAGCAGGAGAUGAAAACUAUUCUUUGAAUUGUUUUUUUCAUCUGAUAUAAUAAUGAAAGCCAAAGUAUUGGUAUUUCUUCAAAUAGCCCUAAAAUGUACUCUUGAACUUCCUACUGGAACAAGGUUUGAUACGCUAGUUAUAUAGGUUGUAUUUAUG